AUGGUUUUUGAUAGAGAUAAUGCUCGUUUUGCUGUUGGUGUUUUUGGGAGUAUUGUUGCACUCGUCUUGUUUUUAUCACCAUUGCCAACAUUUAUUCAUACAUGGAAGAAGAAAUCAAUGGAGAAGUUCUCACCAUUUCCAUACAUUGCAACAUUCCUAAACUGUGGCCUUUGGCUUUUGUAUGGACUUCCAUGGAUUCAGCCACAAGGGGGUAUUCUUAUCAUGACCAUUAAUGGCAUAGGACUUGGCAUUGAGAUAGUGUACUUGACGAUAUUCGUGUUGUACUCUGAAAGGAAGCAAAGGAUAAAAGUUUUCUUCAUUGUCCUAAGUGAAAUCAUGUUCAUUGGUUUAAUUGCCAUUCUUGUCAUAACUCUAGUCCAUAGCCACAAAAAAAGGUCUACAAUUGUUGGUAACAUUUGCAUGGUGGGAAAUAUUUUGAUGUAUGCUUCUCCUUUGGCCGUCAUGAAGUUGGUGAUCAAAACGAAAAGUGUGGAGUACAUGCCGUUCUUCCUAUCCUUUUUCUCCUUUCUCUGCAGUGUUAGUUGGACUACUUAUGCCCUCAUUCGUCUCGACGUCUACAUUCUUACGCCGAAUGUGAUUGGAACGGUGCUCGGCCUCGUCCAAUUGCUGCUUUAUGCUACUAUGAGACAGAUAGCAGAAAGAAAAGCCCAAGGAAAACUGGAUCCGAUUGGAGUCACCAAAAACACAAGCAAUGAAACUAGUGUUUAA